GUCUCAUCCUCCUCUUCUACCUGGUCUUUUAUGGUUUUUUGGCGGGAAUGUUUUCUCUCACCAUGUGGGUGAUGUUAAAAACUCUGGAUGAAAAUGUUCCUCAACAUCAGGACCGACUGGCCGAUCCAGGUCUGGUGAUUCGUCCACARGCGAUUGAGAUCUCGUACAACCGCACCGACCCGACAAAGUACACCGAGUACGUCCAGCAGCUGGACGACCUGCUGCAGAAGUACGACGAUGAGAUCCAGGAGAGCAACGACUUGUGUCUGGUGGGGGAAUACACGGAGCAGGACGACACGCUGGUGAAGAAGGUGUGCCAGUUUAAACGCAGCACUCUGCGUCAGUGCUCCGGUCUGCCAGACCCCAGUUUCGGAUACGCCGAGGGUCAACCCUGCGUCAUCAUCAAGAUGAACCGGGUGAUYGGACUGAAGCCACAAGGAGAACCCUACAUCAACUGCACGUCCAAGAGGGACACUCCAUUACACAUGAUUUACUUCCCACCUGAAGGUCGCCUGGAUAAGAUGUUCUUUCCUUACUAUGGAAAGAAGGCUCAUCCCRCCUACGUUCAGCCGCUGGUAGCCGUCAAGCUGUUGUUAACGAAAGAAGACUACGACGUGGAGCAGACGGUGGAGUGCAAAGUKGAGGGCUCCAACCUGCGCAACAGUGAUGACCGGGACAAGUAUCUGGGUCGGGUCACUUUUCGGGUCAAAGUGUCUCAGUAAUCUGAGGCUUCAGCUGCCAUGGACAUCAAGAUUCAAAA